GUUAUCCUGUUAUCUAAAAAUGAACUUCAGGUUCACAAAAAGCAAGUUUCAACAAAACGUAAAUCUAGGAGAAUGAGCUGUAGGCUAUUUGCGCCAUCAAAGCAAUGUAUGAUCUUAUCGCUGUACGUGAUAUUUAUCUAUUCGACGCAUUCAACAAUUUAAUUCUGUAUAUGAUUUUGUAAAUAAAUAACGUUUAAUUUCACAUAAAAUGGAUCAUACAGAUUUUAGAACGAUUGUAGAUUUUUCGAACCUAUUUCGUGAUUUGCGUUCGCCCGAUUUAUGGAUAAUCGAUGAAGAUUAUACAGGUACGGGAAUUCAUCCACCAAUUACUGUUCAAGAUAAUGAUGAUGAGUCUAAAUUAGAGGAGUAUCGCGUUAAAAGUAUUGAAAUGGAGAUGGAUGAUAUAUCGAGGUCCAAUAAUAUUUCGAACCCACGUGCUUCCGAAAUUUGUGAACAGAUCGCGACUGAUUUAUCAAAUACGUUUAAAUUUAUUAAGAAACUCAGGUCUAGUGAUGGGUCUAGUUAUCGUCUUCCAGUUUACGGAUCUUAUGAUAAUGGAUUAUGCUGUAUAGAGAGUGAUAUUAAUUUCCACCUAGAUAAAUACUCCGACGUGUUAGCUCUUUGUCAACGGAUACUCGAUGAAAUUUCGAAAAUCGAUUAUGAAAAAUCGAAAUUCAGCAAAGCGGAACUCGUUUCAAUAGACUCGGAAUUUUUCCUCCAAUUGACUCACAAAGCUACCGAAGUCGAUACCGUCGUAUCGUUCACCAAUCGACUAAGAUUGAAGAACGCAGAAUUAAUGAAGUUGUAUUUAAGCUUGAACGCUAAUCUGAAACCGGUGAUAUUGUUCCUGAAACACAUCUUAAUACGUCAUAACUUACACGGCUACGAUAAAAUUACAACCUACCAAUUAUUCUGGCUCGUAAUAUUCGUAAUGCAACGCGAAGAUCUUCUACCUUCCAUAAUGACUUUGCGAUCUGCUGCGACUAAAACAGAGCGUUUAGAUCCUAUUAAUGGUUUUACAUGGAAUUGUAGCUUACCACCACACGGUCGUUUGGUAAUCAUAAGGAGUAAUUAUUCGUUCCAAGAUACGCCGGCUUCUUUAUUCAUUAGUUUUUUAAAAUUGUACGGAGACUUUGAUUUUUUAAGAUAUGUUAUUAGUCCUGUCUCCGGAUACGCUUUACCUAUAGAUGCAACCAACGACUCACCUUUGAACAUGAAUAUGAACUCGAGGUAUUAUAGAAAACCGCUAUUUGUGAAAAAUGUCAUCAAUUUUCAAGAUCCUACCAUCUUACAUGGAAAUUUAUUCGGUGCGGUGAGACCAGAAAUUCUUAAUUCGUUCAAAUUUCUGUGCAGAUGCCUUCAUCGUAAUUUUACCGAGUCAACAUUCUCAUGCGCUGCUGACUGCAUCGAAAUGAAUUUACCUCUCUACCCUGUUGAUUUUAUUACAUCUACGUUGAUAGCUUUGAGCUUGAGCAAAUUGGUUUCACCUGAUUUACAAAUAGUUACUCGUGCGAUGACUGCGGCAAUUCGUAUCAUUAUGGAAAACUUAUUGAAAUUUACUUUAAUUAAUACGACACCUGCUUCGGAGAAGAAAACUGAAACUCGUUGGGUUACUACGAAGCAUUUUGAUUACUACAUCGAUUCUAAAAAUUGCGAUAAGAUUAUUUCAUUUAAUAUUGUUCCCGAAUCUGCGAGAAACACAUUGAUGAAAAUGUACAUUGUGUGUGAAAUCUACAGCGACGGUGACGUUCGACUGCUAAUGGAAGGCUCAGCUCGGUUGAUUGAAUUCUUCGACAAACAUAUAUAUAAUCUUCUAUUGAGUCAUAUUUUACCUCGUGUACAAAAUUCAUUCUCAAGUUAAUAAUUUACCUUGUUCGAUGAAAUAGACUGUUGUUCGUAUCGAACGAUUUCCUAAUCGUAAUCAACGUUAUUGUGAUUUUUAUUUUAAGUACGUAAGCGUUUAAUAUUAAAAAAUACUUUAUUCAACCGUA